CCGCAUUCAACGUCGGUUCGCGCAGUAGACGGACGCUGCCAUCGGUAACCUCUUGCGGUAGGCAAUCGUUGACGCGGGACGGCCAACCUGUGUAUAGUGCUUAGAACAAGGAAAAGCAAACAAACCAAAAGGAAGACACAGAGAAGAUCGCCACCCAGAGCAAGCCGUCUUUGCCCCAUGGAGUUAAACUGGCUCGCAAAGAAGGCCAUAGAAACACAUCAUAAAUAGCAUUUUUUUUUGAGCCUAAGUGUGUUGAAUUCGUGGCAGAUUAAUAAUUCAAUUUGUUGACUAUUGCCGCUUGUACAAUACAAACGUGGUAGGUGUACGAAUGUAGGUGCUGUGAAUCGUGCUAGAAAGCCAGUUAUCGCUUAGAUAGGUUUAACAACGUAGACGAGCUGAACGUUGCCUUUUUGUAGUCACUCUCCCAGGUGUAAGCUCUUGCUAUGCCAAAAGGAAAACAGCAGCUUUAACGGGAAUACGAUGAGACUGUAUAUACCAGGCACCUGCCUGGCGCAACUACAUCACUCUCGACAACAUUUACGCCAUUGUUCCAAUGAUGUUCGAGCAAUUCAAAAAAUCCUUGUGGCUAAUAGAGGGGAAAUUGCUAUUCGUAUUUUUCGAGCAUGCUCGGAAAUGGGCAUUCGAUCUGUGGCCGUAUACUCUGAACAGGACAAAAUGCAUAUGCAUAGACAAAAGGCUGAUGAAUCGUACCUGAUUGGCCGGGGACUACUGCCGGUCCAAGCGUAUCUCAAUAUACCAGAGUACAUAAGGAUAGCUAAAGAGAACGACGUCGAUGCCAUCCACCCUGGGUACGGUUUCCUGUCGGAGCGCUCCGAUUUCGCAGAUGCAUGUAUAAAAGCAGGUAUUCGCUUUAUUGGGCCUUCUCCGAAAGUGAUGGCACAAAUGGGCGAUAAGAUUGCGGCGCGAAAGUGUGCCAUCGAAUGUGGAAUCCCUGUUAUUCCUGGCACAGAUCAGCCAAUUAAAGAUGCCGAUGAGGCGUAUAAGUUCUGCAAGGAGCAUGGCUUACCCGUCAUGUUGAAAGCUGCUUAUGGUGGAGGCGGUCGAGGAAUGCGCGUUGUAAGGAACCUUGAAGACCUUAAAGAACACUUUAGUCGGGCAGUAUCUGAAGCUGAAAGCGCGUUCGGCAAUGGUGCUAUGUUCAUCGAACGCUUUAUUGAACAUCCUCGACACAUUGAGAUUCAGGUGUUGGGAGAUAAAAUUGGCCAGGUCGUCCAUUUAUACGAACGAGACUGCUCCGUUCAGAGGAGGCAUCAAAAACUUAUCGAAAUUGCCCCCGCGCUGAAUAUACCAGAGAACGUACGGCAGGCAAUGCACGCCGACGCUAUAAAGUUAUGUUCUCACGUCGGUUACCAGAAUGCCGGCACAGUUGAGUUUCUUCUGGAUGAAGACGGCAGACACUAUUUCAUUGAAGUCAAUGCUCGGCUUCAAGUAGAACAUACAGUUACGGAAGAGGUCACAGGAGUGGACCUGGUUCAAUCACAAAUUGAAAUCGCUAGCGGAAAAACCCUCAACGAUCUGAAAUUAACCCAAGAGAAAAUCACGACUCAGGGAUGUGCGAUUCAGUGUCGAGUGACAACAGAAGAUCCAGCAAAGGGUUUCCAGCCAGACUGUGGUAGACUUGAAGUGUUCAGGAGCGGUGAAGGAUUCGGCAUCCGUCUUGACGGCGCUUCGGCCUUUGCAGGAGCUAUAAUUUCACCGUAUUAUGACUCUCUACUGGUCAAAGUGAUUUCACACGGCACAGAUAUGAAGGCUUCAGCUAGCAAGAUGCAACGCGCUCUUAAAGAAUUCCGUGUUCGUGGCGUGAAAACCAACAUUCCUUUUCUGCUUAAUGUUUUCGAGAAUCAAACAUUCCUAAGUGGAAAGUUUGACACCAACUUCAUCGACCAACACCCAGAACUUUUUAAGCUUGCGCCAAGCCAGAACCGUGCUCAAAAAUUACUCUAUUACCUCGGUAAUGUGAGCGUUAAUGGUUCGAUGACUCCGCUGGCUACAAAUUUGCAGCCCGCUAACAUUCAUCCUAUUGUACCACAACAUGAUAGUUCUGCAAAACCUUAUCAGGGUUUCAAACAGAUCCUUGAAAAGGAAGGUCCAGAAGGCUUCGCAAAAGCUGUUCGUCGUCACGAUGGACUGCUGCUGACGGACACGACCUAUCGUGAUGCUCACCAGUCGUUGCUAGCCACACGUGUUCGUACAAUUGACCUGCUAAAGAUCUCGCCCUUUGUCGCUCACAGGUUUCAUCAUUUUUACAGUCUUGAGAACUGGGGCGGCGCAACAUUUGACGUCGCGAUGCGAUUCCUCCGUGAAUGCCCUUGGGAACGGCUGGCUGAGAUGCGAAAACUUAUUCCAAACAUUCCCUUCCAGAUGCUCCUCCGUGGAGCAAAUGCUGUCGGGUACACCUCAUACCCUGACAAUGUCGUUUACAAGUUUUGUGAAGUAGCUAGAGAGACCGGUAUGGACAUUUUCCGCAUUUUUGACUCUCUUAACUAUUUGCCAAAUAUGAUCCUCGGUAUUGACGCAGUAGGAAAGGCAGGCGGUGUAGUGGAAGCUGCAAUAUCAUACACGGGUGAUGUUUCUAAUCCCAACAAAACAAAAUACAACCUUGAGUAUUACCUCAAGUUGGCUGAUGAACUUGUAAAGGCUGGAUCGCAUGUACUCUGCAUCAAAGACAUGGCUGGCUUGCUCAAGCCUGAGGCAUGCCGCCUGUUAAUUGGAUCCCUCCGUGAGCGUUAUCCAACAGUCCCCAUUCAUAUUCACACUCAUGACACGGCAGGUGUAGGAGUCGCAUCAAUGGUAGCCUGCGCUGAGGCUGGAGCCGAUGUCGUCGAUGUCGCCGUAGAUUCGAUGUCAGGCAUCACUUCGCAGCCGACAAUGGGCGGUCUCGUAGCCUGUCUCCAGCAUACACCGCAUGAUACGAAACUAAACCUGAGGGAUAUCAGUGAUUAUUCCGCGUAUUGGGAGCAAACACGUACGCUCUAUGCACCGUUUGAAUGUACUUCAACGAUGAAAGCGGGCAACGCUGACGUAUACGAAAAUGAAAUACCUGGAGGACAGUAUACCAACCUUCAAUUCCAGGCAUUUAGCUUAGGCUUAGGGGAACAUUUCGAAAAGGUAAAAAAAGCCUACACUGAGGCGAACCAGCUGCUGGGAGAUAUUAUCAAAGUUACGCCUUCAUCAAAGGUCGUAGGGGAUCUUGCUCAGUUUAUGGUGCAGAACCGCCUAAAGCCCCAAGACAUCCUUGACAGGGCGGAGGAAUUGAGCUUUCCUACCUCAGUUGUCGAGUUUAUGCAAGGAUAUAUUGGUCAGCCGCACGGCGGUUUCCCUGAGCCCCUCCGAUCCAAAAUUCUCAAAGACACACACCGUAUCGAAGGCCGGCCAGGUGAGUCACUACCAGCACUGGAUCUCGACGCCCUAAAAGAGACACUGCAGGAGAAAUUCCCAACGUACAAGAUUGAAGACACUGAAGUCAUGUCGUCUGCAAUGUACCCCAAGGUAUUUGAUGAAUUUGCUAAAUUCCGCAAGGAUUAUGGUCCCGUCGAUAAAUUGGACACGCGCGUCUUCCUUGUGGGGCCAAAAGUUGGGGAAGACUUUGAGGUGACUAUUGAACGCGGAAAAACGCUUCAUAUUAAGAUGCUUGCAGUGUCUGCUAACGUGACCGACAAAGGAGAGCGAGAAGUGUUUUUCGAGCUAAAUGGACAAUUGCGGUCGGUAUUCGUCGUUGACAAAACCCUCGCUGAGGUAAUCGAGGCUCAUCCGAAGGCAGACAAGUCGAACGCCGGUAGCGUUGGGGCACCUAUGCCUGGUUCUGUGAUCGACAUCCGUGUGAAGGUUGGCGAUGUCGUGAAAAAGGGUGACCCGCUUGUAGUACUUAGCGCGAUGAAAAUGGAAAUGGUUGUCCAGGCCCCGAUAGCUGGAAAAGUCAGGUCCGUGGCGGCUGCUAAGGAUAUGCGCAUGCAGGGCGACGACCUCCUUGUAGAAAUUGAGCCUAAUGAGUAAAGUACCAAGCAGUGUAAUUAGUAUGCGCAGAUUACUGCCUAUGCAAUGUGCAAUCAAUGAUCAAUGAAUCAGGACGACGCAAAUGUUAUCAAGCGAACCAACUGAUCGAGUGUACACCAUGCGGGUGCUGCAUCUGGGAGGACGUGUGUCCGAGAAAAAGCAAUAGUUAUUGAAUGGAACUGUUUUUAUUGUACCUAUUGUUGAUCAGUUCCAGCAACGCAAUGAUUCCGAGCGGUUCUGUGGAAAAAAAUAUUGGAAACAAAGAUGCAUUUGUUCCGAUAGCUAGAAAAACAAACAUUGAAACCGACAACGGAUCUUGAAUAGUCUUCCACUGUGCGACCAGCGUAUCUAUUUAUUAUUUUUCUAUAUUCUAGAAGUAGAUUGAAUUGAUCGGUUCUCGGCUGGCAAAUUGUGCGAAACCCCUUUCAAGCAGGGUUGCAAGCUUUUAGUUGUCUUUACAAAAGGUGUUGCUCAGCUUUUCGAGAUGUCGCAUCUCUGCUAGCCAUUUUUGCUUGUUGUGUUCGGGACUGAAACCCUAUGCGGCCAGUCACCUGGCAGACUCAGCAAUUUUUUCGUAUUCAGUUAACGAGCAUGGCUAAAUGUUUGUAGAUACCUAUUUAUAGCAAAGUAAUUACACAGUCAUAUAUCUAUGAUCUAUUUGAUCAUUGUAACAGAAACGAAGGAGCGGGUAGAUACAGUAACAGAUAGAAGAGAAGUACGUCGUAAUAAUAACUCUAUACAUUUAAAUAGCUUAGAUGAAGUCGAUAUUCUGAGCUAUUGAAUAAAUUACAAACCAAGCCAUCGAAAGUCAUACAAUUUGUUCAUAUACCCAUAUACAAACAUUGUCCCUGUUAUAUACAAAGCUUCGUUAUGAACAAUUACACAUACAAAAUGGCGGAAGUUUUUGAAUUGUUACUACAGAUGUGAUGUCUGUUAAAACAAAAGUGAGAAAUCAAUAAAUAGCUUUUAACAAGA